GCUGGUUGCGCGCGAGUAGGAAGUGGUGAGGAGAAGUAGAGAUGGCUACGCUUGCCCCGCUGCCUCCGCUCCCCCCACAGUUUAAGAGCAUACAGCAUCAUCUGAGGACGGCUCAGGAGCAUGACAAGCGGGACCCUGUUGUGGCCUAUUACUGCCGUUUAUAUGCAAUGCAAACUGGAAUGAAGAUUGACAGUAAAACUCCUGAAUGCCGAAAAUUUUUAUCAAAGCUAAUGGAUCAAUUAGAAGCUCUUAAGAAACAGUUGGGUGAUAAUGAAGCUGUUAGUCAAGAAAUAGUUGGCUGUGCCCAUCUGGAGAAUUAUGCUUUGAAAAUGUUUUUGUAUGCAGAUAAUGAAGACCGGGCUGCACGAUUUCACAAAAACAUGAUCAAGUCCUUCUAUACUGCAAGUCUUUUAAUAGAUGUCUUAACAGUGUUUGGAGAACUCACUGAUGAAAAUGUGAAACACAGAAAGUAUGCAAGGUGGAAGGCAACGUAUAUCCAUAAUUGUUUAAAGAAUGGAGAGACUCCUCAAGCAGGGCCUGUUGGAAUUGAAGAAGAUAAUGAUGUUGAAGAAAACGAAGAUGUUGGAGCAACCUCUCUGCCCACACAGCCACCUCAGCCGUCAUCGUCAGCCUACGACCCCGGCAACAUGCCGCCAAGCAGCUAUACCGGGAUACAGAUUCCUCCCGGUGCCCACGCGCCGGCCAACACCCCGGCAGAAGUGCCUCACGGCGCAGGUGUAACAACUAAUACCAUCCAACCUACUCCACAAACUAUUCCGGCCAUUGAUCCUGCGCUUUUCAGUACAGUUUCCCAGGGGGAUAUCCGUCUUACACCGGAGGACUUUGCUAGAGCUCAGAAAUACUGCAAAUAUGCUGGCAGCGCUUUGCAGUAUGAAGAUGUCAGCACUGCUGUGCAGAAUCUUCAGAAAGCCCUCAAGUUACUGACUACAGGCAGAGAAUAACACCUUUGCACAGCAGAUCCGUGCAUUUUUGGCAUAAAGAACUAACGUCCAUUACUCUAUCUUCAGCAUUUCAGGAGCACAGUUCUAAGGAAGAUUUCAGUUCCAUUGCCUCUAACAGUGAAAUCUGUGUCUGUGUAUCAGAUUCCUGUUGAAGCAUUCAUCAGCAGCCUCAACCAGUUUUCAUUGCCCAUUUAGUGGAUCCAGUAAUCUCUGGGUAAAUAGGGCUGAUGUUAGCAAGACCCUAAAUCUGCCCAUUGAACGCUGCUUGAAAAAAUGAAAAUACAGUUCUAUAAAAUGUAAUGGGCAUAAGCUUUGUAUCUUAAUUUACAUAAAUUAAGGAAUAUUUUAAUCUAUAAUUUGGACAGAUUACUUUGCUAUAAAACUCUAAAUUUCACAUUUAAUAAAAUCUGCCAGAAUAUUAUAGAUUAGACGUGUUUUUUGUUUUCAUCAGAAAUUACAAAACAAAUAUGAACAUCCUAAACUGUUAGAUGAAUCUGAAAGAGAUUGUGUUCAAAAUUCAAUUUAUAUUAUGUUAAAUAUUACUACAUUAAAAGUUAAAAUUUUUAUGGAAAGAAGUAAGGUAAAGAGGUAGAAUCACUUUUAGACUUAAGAAUAAUGUUGGUUUCCUAACUGCUUUCCCUUAUCCAUUGAAGCUUAAGAUGAAUUGGUAUUUGCUUCAUAGGCAGUUUGACUGCAUGUAUUAGAGAAUGAAAAAACACUUUAGUAAUGCCUGGAAACUUGGUGCUUUAAGUUAAGAUUCUCCUCUGCUGCUACAGAAUGGAUUCUCUAGAGUGAAUAGCUAUGAAUGAUGCAGAAGAUUAUAAGAAAUUAGAUUCUCAGUUGUUACAUUUAUAAGUUUUGUCACCUGCAUUUUUGCUCUGUAAAAAAAAAUAAAUCCCUGGAUUCUUUUUACUAGUUCGACUUACUACAGAGCCAGAUGUCUGUUUUGAUUUGCAUGCUAGAAUUGUCAUAUUUUUAAGUCAUUACUUUUAGUGACAGGAAUAUGAUAUUUCUGUAAUAAGAAUUUUCUUGAUGAUAGAGAUAUAUUUGGCAAAUUUACCUGUAAUUUAUCUGGUUCAUUUCAUUUAUUCCACAAAGACUGAAGUACUUUAACAUAUGGGUUAGCGUACGAUGGUCCAUGGAUUGGCCACUUGUUGUGUAAAUAAAGUUUUAUUGACUCGA